AGCUCAAUCAUCUCUCGUUCCCUCUAUCAUUUUGUUAUUUCUAUUUUUUCCGAUCGGAGAUUCAAUUCGUUGAAAAAAAAGUUGUUGAUUUGUAUCGUUUGAUCGAUUUUUUGGUGGAAUUUUGGUGGUGAGAUUGUUGUUAAUGGCUGGAAAUUGUUGUUUUGUCGUCGGGGAGACCGAACCGGGGGCGCCGGUGGAGCCGACGUCGCGAGGCUCUCGGCGGAGGAGGUUGGAUUUGCUUCCGUCGGUGAAGUUAGUCGCCGACUCGGCGGUUGCUCCGCCGCUGGAGAGCUGCCGGAAAAGGCAGAAAUGCGAGACUCCGUCGCCGGCGUCUUCGCCGUCUUCUUCUCCGUCGUCGGGGUUGGAUCUGGAGUUGAAAGAGACGAGAAAGAGUUCCUGGAGCUCGGAGCGAUUGGCCUCGGAGCCUAAUCCGAGAAACAAUUCAAAUCUCACUCCGAUUUCUGGUUUCGCUGAAGUAGAGAACGGUUUUGUUUCCGACGAGCCUAAGUUCGGCACGGCAUCGACUUGUGGGAGGAGAAGAGACAUGGAAGAUGCGUUAUCGAUUCAUCCGUCGUUUUACCGGAAAAACACUGACAAUCUUCAUUUCUUCGGAGUAUUCGACGGCCAUGGCUGCUCUCAUGUGGCUGAGAAGUGCCGAGAGCGGUUGCAUGAGAUAGUGAAGCAGGAGGUCGAAGUUUCCACGGUCGAGGAGUGGAAGGGAACGAUGGUGAAGAGCUUCCUGAGAAUGGAUAUGGAAGUCAGCGCGAUCAACUCCAACAGAGCUAACGGCGAGGAUCGGAACACGAUGUCGUGCAGAUGCGAGCUUCAGUCUCCUCAGUGCGACGCAGUCGGAUCCACCGCCGCCGUUGCCGUCGUCACACCGGAGAAGAUCGUCGUCUCCAACUGCGGCGACUCCCGCUCCGUCCUCUGCCGUAACGGCGUUGCCAUCCCUCUCUCCUCCGAUCACAAGCCGGAUCGACCCGACGAAUUGCUUCGGAUCCAACAAGCCGGGGGAAAAGUCAUCUACUGGGAUGGGCCUAGGGUUCUUGGUGUUUUAGCCAUGUCAAGAGCAAUCGGGGACAAUUACUUGAAACCGUUUGUGAUUCCGGACCCGGAGGUGACGGUGACGGAUCGUACAGAUGAAGACGAGUGCUUGAUCAUAGCCAGCGACGGUCUAUGGGAUGUGGUACCGAACGAGACGGCGUGCGGGGUGGCGCGCAUGUGCCUACGCGCGGCGGCGGAGGAAGGGCACAGCGCUUGUUCCGACGCGGCGAAGCUGCUGACGAAGCUGGCCCUGGCUAGGCAGAGUUCCGACAACGUCAGCGUCGUAGUCGUCGACUUGAGGAGAAACCGUACUUAGUAUUAGAAUAGGUGAUACUUACAAAUUAUAGUCGUUCGUAAGUUGCAAUUACUGAAUUAGUCUUUUUGAUUUUCUAUCACAAAUAGAUAUUGAAAACUUGUUGGUGCUGCAAGGCGAAUACAAGUAAAAACAUGUGAACUACCAGAGGAAGAGACAAACUCUUUCCCUCGACAACUUUGAAAUGAAAUUUUACUGCGUGGUAACAGCCUAUUAUGCUUGUCUAUGUUUACCUCUGUUCUCACUAGACCGGUUCAAACCAAACCGGUUAUUGUGAAUAAAUCAAGUGCUUUGUAAGCCAACAUCUGUCGUAGUUGUACAUCCGUUUCCUUUCGCUUC